CAAAAUUCUGUUAUUUUUUCUCUCUAAGUGGUCCGGGUAGGAGAGGACCCUGGGAACAAGCUUGAGUUUUUCUAAUACUCACACUAGUCCUCGCACGGUUAAUAAUUGCGGCUUGGUUCCCUGCAGUGAAAAUGGCCGCUCAACGAGGGGAAUUUGUAGCAAUUGCCGCUAGUCCAACUGUAGGUAUCACAUAUGGCCUUUUCUUCCUUUAUUUGAUUGUAGCAUGAGUAAUUCAGGAAAGAAAACUCCAUCGAGUCCAAAGAAGGGUCUUGGAUCUGUGCCCGAACGCUCGGAAAAUGACGACAUCUCCACUUCAUCAGGUGAUCUCUCAAUUUAAGAAAAGGUUUUCUUAUUUUACGAGACAAUUUAUAGCAAGUCAUAGGAUAAAAAUUCUUUUUUUCUGUAAGUUAAACAGGCAGUUUGAAGUUACGAGAACAAAAUUUUAUUCUAUGACUUGUUUUAAAAUUUUUUCUUAAAAUAAGGAAUCUCGAAUUUAGAGUGGAUGACUACGUAGCUCUUUUGAUAGACACCGCCGAUUCUUACUCUUUCUUCUUAAAAAUAUGUCUUUCCUGAUACUCUUCCAGGUGAACAAAUCAUGCAGUUUUCUACUUCUCAAGAUGCUCCAGAGGUAGACGGCCCGAAAAAACGCUCGCUCCACGCUCAGUUGUCACGAAGCUUUUUUCAGUACCGUUCUACAAGCUUUUCGUCGUCUGUGGAUGGCUUAUCGAGCCCGUCUCGCCAUAGGCUUGGUACUGUGCCUGUAGAGGAUCCCAUAACACACGAGAAUGUAGUACACAGCAAAGUACUCUUGCUGUACACGGGCGGAGCACUGGGAUGGAAGUUCGAUCCUCAAGGUAUAUUUAAGGCUCACCUGUAUUUAAUUUAUCCUGAAUAGAGUCCGGGGACAGUGGAUGCUUUAGGAACCUUUUGGGUUGGGAUGUGCAGCUGGGAUCCUCGAACCCUUAGCCCCUACCAGACCUAGCUCAGCUGAAGUUUGGUACCCUACACUCCUGUAUGCCUGCUAAGUUUGAGUCUUAUGCCUGCGAACUAAAGAUAACAAUCUCGCGCAUAAAGGACAAUUUCUUACGACUGACUCACAAAUCCCAAAGAAUUGUUCUUUAAAACACAUGAUUAAGGCCGUAUCAGCAUUUUUGGCAAAGUUCGGAAGUCUUUGGAAACUCCUCAGAAAUAUUUGGAAGUUGGGACAUUUUUAGAAGUUCUGGUGAUGACCAGACGAAAAUCUCAUGCAUUUGGCUCUGAUAAACUUGGCAGGUAUAUACUAGACUUUUUCCCAGAAUCCCUUCCUAUCUUAGAGCUGCUAUUUUCUAGAAGCUACUGAGGUUGUCACUUACUUUCCUGAUUUCAUUUUCUCAAUUGUGUCAAUUACUGGGUUUCCUUAGUCUGGGCUUAAAUCUUGAACCAACUGAUCAGUUUCCUGGAAAAUUAUAUCCUAAUUAUAUUCUAGACCCACACUCUCUGAUUUCUGUACCCUUACAACAGAAGACCAUACCCUUCACGGCGACACAUUCCUAUAUAGCCUAUAUGUGGCAGUAACUCCCUCCCGCUAACAAUGGAGUGUAAAACAAAGAUGGUAAAUUUUAAGCUAAGUAGUAAAUGAGGAUGAUAAAAUCAUCACGAAAAUAACAUCUUUCAUCUUCACUACCAAGCUUGGAUUUGCCAUCUUUCUUUAUUCAUUGCCAUGCAGUACACUCAUCAAUAUGUCAUUGGUGAUACUAGCAGUGUACAAGAUGCAUGCCCCAUAAACUGCAGGGGUAUCUUGUGAAAGAUGUGUGCAGGGAUGCUCUUUGGAAACUCUUUGCUCUUUUACACUCCUAGAGAAGACCAAUCGGGACAAGGCUAAAGGUUUAAUUCAAAGGAAAAUAAGAAAAUUUAGCUUGGGCUAGAAAAACAAUGUAAGAAAAGUGUCUUGCUUUUCUUGUGGAGGACAGGUUAUUCAAUUGUGGUACUUGUUAUCAAAAGCAUCGCUAAGCAUUGCUAAGCAGUACGCAAAGCAAUCCAUUGCACUCUGAUCGCCAAAUGGCAUAACCUUCGAUGAAGCAAAAUAAAGAUGUUUUAGAAGAAACUGCCCUGUUUGUGACUGGUGAAUAGACAAAGAGAUCAUCAUGGCUGGGUUUAAGUAACCUCCAGGAGAGUUUUCUUUCAUCGUUGAUUUUUGCUCCCUUUUAUUCACCAUUUUUCUCCACUAAGGAUCCUGGUCCAGGCCAUGCAGGGCAUGGAAGUCUUCUUUCUGACUUAUCUUGGAAUAUGUAAGGGUCUCUGCUUGCUGGGUAGAGUGUUAGGGAAACCAACUGACAUUGGCACUUGAAUGCAGCACACGCUGCAGACUGUCCAAAGCAUUUCUUAAAAAAACUGAAGAUGGCAUGGCUUUGUACCUGUAUAGAAAGUUGCUAGGAAUUUGGGAUCUUCUUUCGAUAUAUUGUGUUUCUAUGCAAGUAAAGGAGAUUCUUGUCAUUUUCUAAUAGCCAAAGGCAAUAAAUUGCCAUUCUGGCAGCCCAGCUGAUAUAUUGUUUCGUUUAUCAGAGCUAAUUUCUUGCCCUACAGUCUGUAACCCAGCUCUAACAAUAGGCUUGUGUUUGUUUUGUAGGAUUUCAACUUGAUAAGAAUAACAUCCUGAAAGAAAUGAAGAAACUACCAAUGAUGCAUGACACAGCAUAUGUGGAGUACAUCCAAGAGAAUGUACUGGAUGGCAUCCCAGAGGAAGGGAUUGGAUCAGAUACUUUAGUUAUGCCGUAAGUAAUAAUUUAGAAGAGUUACCGCAAAAACAGCAUGUGUAGAGGAGGUUUAGUAAAUGUGUUUGAGUAACAUUAAUUAAUGUAGUGGUUGGUGUGACCCCUUAACCUAUAAAUCUGAACCUAGGUCGUUUAACGUUAUCAUAACAUUCUUUCCUUAGACAAGAGACUCUGAGCCAUACUGUCCAUCCAGAAUAGAAUGAUAAGACCCCUUUUUGCCUGAGGGGUGAGGGUGCACAAAGCAACACUGCAAUAAUUAUUGCAGUGUUGCUUUCUGCACCCUCACUCACUUUCCGUUUCAUCAAAAUUUCAACAAUAUAGAUAAUAGACGAAUAGUAUUUGUCAUAAUGUGCGUGAAAUUAUUUAACAGUCCUAAAUGUAUAUAUUCUGCCUUUCUGAAAGGAAGGGCAAGAAACAUUUUCCACCUGGACAGCUUCUACUGAUUCACUAUUAUGUCAAAUGAUAUUAUCUAUGUUGUUGAAAUUUUGAUGAAAAGCAAGUGAAUUAUUAUUUGCUAAUUUCUGGACUAUACCAUUUGAAUAUUUAUUAAUAUCAUGGGUGACAAAUAAAGCUCACAAUUUAGCCUGGGACCAGGCUCUGCAUGGGAGGAAAAAGGAAACAUAAAUCGGCGUGGUAGUCUGGGGAGGGCAAAGGGCCCUUUCCCCCUCCCAAAUUCAUCCCUCAGCUCUUUUUGCUCGGUAAUAUUUUUCCUAUUUGACCCCAAUUUUUGCCUUUUUCCCCCACUGUGGAGCCUGGUCCCAGGCUAUUCAUAAUUGUGAGAUUUCACUUCUUUAUCUACCAAGAUCUUCAUGUACAGGAAAGGUUAGGAGAAUACUGGUCAGUAGGCAGCAAUAGAUCAGAUGGAAAAGUGCUCACUUGUGGGUUAGAUGUGAAAAAGGGGGGUCACCCCCACCCCCUUCCCUAUUGAAAGGGUCUGGGGCCCUGAAAAGUGUAUUUCAGAGCAUUUUGAGUGAACAGGGAAACAAUUAUUAUUAUAAAACCAUGAGAACACAACAGAACACCUUGAAAUGUUUUAUAUUUACAUGUUUGCUUUCAAUUAACAAAGUACUGCCAAGCAAAUUAACAGAUGUGUUAUGCAUCUUUAAAAAGCAAUUUUGUGUGAUUAGUUUUCAUGAUGAGUAGAUGUUGACUUUCACUGAUUGCUGAAGCUUCUUUAGUAUACUUAUCCGUAUUCUUUUCUUCACAGUCUGGCGAAAUUUCGUCAAUUCAGUUUAUUAAAUUUUUCGUAUCUGUAGUUUGUUUAAUUAAAGAUAUUUUUAUUAUACAUUUAUUUUUGUUUUAAUUUAUCUGUUUAUUGCAAUUCAAUCGCCUGAUACAAUACGAAAACAAGAUAAAAUACAAUUUAAGAUAAAAAUAGUGCCAUAAGGACGGUGAGCAAAUUAGUUGACUCCAUUAAAGGAAGCUGAACUAUCAAGAAAUUUUCGACUCAUAAAUAUGAACAAAAAUUUAAUUAUUACUCAUUUCUCGAAGAUUAGAAACUAGAAAUACUUGAUGCUUAACAUAUUGAAAGUUGUAACACUUUCCUUCUAUUAACAAUCCUCUGAAAAAAAAAGCCAAACGUAAGAGUAUCAUUUCUAGCGUUAUGAAAGGUAUCCUCUGAGAUAUUAGUAAGAAUUUACACUUACAAUUAUUGUAAGGUUAAAUUCGCCCUAAUCUCUCGGAAGAUACCCUCCGGAAAAAAAAAACAGUACGUCAAACUGCAAAACAUUCGUCCUUCAAGGAUAAAAAGUUUAGUUUCUCUAGUCACAUUUGAGAUGAAGAAUUCUUGUCUAAAUGUUUGGUUUAGCUGCUAUGCAGAGUUUUCGCUUCAGCAAGAUUGCAAAACGAACAAGUUGAGACAACAAUGCGAAUAGGAUCAACAGCGCAAAUACCGCGAAUGGAAAACAGAGAGAAGCCACUUGAAUCCACCGUAGGAUGACAAUGAUGCGUUUGUUUGGACCUUCUGGAAGGACUGCAGAGGACGCGAGAGUCGCUGUUGUCACGUUUAUGAUCGCAAUACAGGACAAAGUUACCAGCGAAAAAGUUUCCAUUCUAUCUGCCGUACGGUCACGGAAUGGCUUCUUGAUUAAAUGAUGAACUGCCAUCAGAACACAGGCAACUGACAUGCACAAGAAACAAACCAUGGAAUUGGGUAUAAAGGCGCGAAAUAUGAGAAGCACAAGCCUUCGACCAAUCAGAACGCUUUCCCAGUAGAGCGUCCCUUGAUCAUGUGCACUAGGUGGACGGAAAGGGCCAAGCAAAAUGUUGGAAAUUUCGUUGGUGCAUUCGUCGCUAUCAUGUGAGGCAUUUCCCUCGUCAAUAAGCGAUACAAGGCGGUUGUAUCUCUUGUGAGAGGCGGGUUUUCUAUUCUGUCUGGCGCUUGAUGGCUGGAGGGCGCGGGUUUGCCAGCAAUAGCGUUUCACAAGCCAGAAAAUGAGGAACGGUAGAGGAGCAACACACGCGCCAAUAAACUCUUUCCAUGAUAUGGUCUUGGAAUACAACCUUCCAGAACCCAGGUAAAGAACUCCGACGAACGGAACGAUAAAAAUGACGUUAAAAGCCAGAAGAGCGUACUGCCACCAUUGCCAGCAAACAACGUUACCAUCGUAGUAAAGAUGCAUUUUAGAUCCAAUCGGAACGCAGUGCAUUAACUUGAGUGACGUUUCUGCCAGGCGCUCGUAACCCAACAGCACGAUUUCCACGGCAACAGCCACGUAAUGGACCAACAAAGGUUUGCGUUUCUUAAGUGUUAGAUUAAUCAACCAAUGAAGACAGUAUAUUAAAAAUACAUGACCAAUUGCUGCAAGGACCAGCCCAGAAAGGAAAAUCUCUUUGGUGACCGCUGUCAAUCCAGCGAAUGGGCAGCCAAUUCUCUCGUGCACGACAUGGACUUGAAAAUUAAAAGCAGCGACCAUUGUGGAAAUGUACGGAACUUUUGCCAUCAUUUUUCGUAUAUUUGUGGUGCUAAGCAAGUCAAAGGCUUGGUAGAAGUAAAACGUAAUUAUGAGAUAGCCAUUUUCGCCUUCUUUAUUUUCAAGAACGGCCGUGCGUCCUUCCACAGUUUGGUGACGAACGUUUCGAAACCAGCAAAUCUGGUUUUUCAAAAAGCGGAAAAGAGGAGGUUUCUUCAACAAAUAAAAAGUCAAAGCGAUGGUAUAAAGCGCCAUGAACAUCCACAGUUGAUAAUUCCAUCGACACUCUUCAGAUUUUCGGCACUUAGCUGAAAACAGUGUUUCGGUGAACCCGGGAGAACAACGCCCACAAAGAACACCUUGUCUGUUACCGUUGCAACUGUUGAUUUCUUCUUGGUGUAAACUGUGUCUCUCAGGUUUACGACAGUAUUUCUCAGGACAAGGUAUAAAUACUAGUGACGAGGAGUUGCUCGAGUCAGUAACUUUGUAACCCCAAAAAUCCCGCUUGGCAACAAUGUUGUGUUCAUCGCAUUCUGCGCCAAAGGGGCACUCAAGACAUUUGAAGCCUUUACGAAUGAACAGUCCUCUAGAAAAUCCGCUUUGAAGGCUGUACAUUUUAGGAGGGCACAUUGUGCAAGUGAAGAGUUCAGUUGUCACGUUGAUGCGACAAAAUGUAUUGUCCUCUCCACCUUCGUAGUGAAAGUGGCUGAAAUUCUCAAACUGAAGUGAGCUUCCAGUUCUGCAUUGAAUGGUGGAGUUCAGGUCCAUAUCGAAGUAGCCACCAGAAAAUAUUCUCAGAAUGGGUUGAGUUACUAGCCUUUCGGCAAACUUUGUUUCGAAAGUAGUGUUCUUUAUUAUGAUUGGUCCUCCGCUUUCCGAAUGCAGAAAUCUGCCAACGGUAAAAGCAGUUCCCUUGAAAGUUCCGUUUCUUUCCGUGCGCUUGAAAGUACAGUCCUUGAACUCGACCUUCGCACUGCCGUAUCCAACAGAUACAUAUCCUGUGUCACGCAAGGCAAAAUUAUUUGUGAAAUUGCACCUCCGAAACUUGACAUGACCGUUUAUGAUCUUAAUCGCCCCCGUCUCAAAUCCAAAGUUGUUUUGAAAUAAGUUGUCUUCGAAUAGAACGCGACUGGUGUAAUUCCAUUUUGGGUGUGUAUUCUUUCCACCCCCUUCUUUUAUACAGCCUUUGUCUACAUUCUCAUCUGAGUCAAAAAGAAACAAAAACACGCCCUGUGCAGUCAUGUAUCCUGGUAAGUUUGCGCAUUUCCUUACCCUCCAAACGUUCCUUUCCAGACUGAAACUGUCCUGGAAUUUGCAACCUCGAAUGGUCAGCGUCUUAUUUCCCUUGGCAACAAACACAAACGCAUUAGUUGGGCGACCUCGAAAGGUUGCAUUUUCUAUCGAAAUGUUUGCUUCCGAAAGAGACUGAUUAUUUAAAGGUGGAAUACUCAUGCGAACGCCAUAAGUGGUAUUCUUGGCGUAUUUUUCCUGUAUGGCUUUGCCGUCAAAAAUAGUGUUGGUCACUCGAAUUUGAACGAGGACGCUGUUGUUUAGCAAACCGUAUAGAUCCAUCAAGUUAUCUCGAAAUGUGCAGUUGUUGAUGCUUGCGACCGUAUAAAAAUUGCUGUCGUUCAUGUUCAGUUUGCAAUACGCUUCUAUCAUAACGCCAUACAUCGAGGAAGUCACUGUAACACCUUCCAUGCGAAGGAUGAUGUUUGAAGUUAUGCUUACUGCAACUUUGUAAUUUCUGUCGAAUGAUGUAUUGAAAAUUUCAAUUGUUCCAGACUGAGUAGUACUUCCCGUAACUCGUAAUGUCGGGACCGACUUUUUUCGAUUUGUCCUGUUGUCGUAGAAGCGGGAACCAUGAACUCUAAUGUCGAUUGUUCUAUUUGCGUUUGUAAAGCUCUGAACUGCGAUACAUGUGACAUCAGAGUUAUUGGCACAUUGCAAUUCAAAAAAAGAGACAGAGGCCCUUCUCACCCUGGAAUAGUAGAGACUGCGAUUAUUCAUAAAAGAAUUACGCUCAAGAUAUAUGUUACAGUACGUUUCUUUUGAGACAGCUGUAGGCAAUUCAAUAUCAAGGAAACGACCUCCGCCACUGAUGCAAUAAACCUCAUUCAUGGUUAUUUGCAGAUAAAUAGUAUGGGAAAACUUUCUUGUUUGAUUCGCUGAGAACACAAUUGCACCCCUUUCCAGAGACGUUGUGUGGAAGCCAUUUUCUUGAAACCUGGUUUUGGCGACGUUUAAUGACAACAGUAUGUCGGUCUUGAGAAAAAGUUGGUCAAAGUGGAUUCUCACGCACAGAGAAUUGUUUAGAAAGACAGAGUUUCGAAUAGUUACAUGUAUGUUCGAUAUUUUUCGCACUCGUAUAACAACAGCUGAUUCCCAUUCUGUUUUUUCGCCAUGCCUUUCUCGAAGAGUGCAGUUGAUGAUCUCCACGUAGUUACAGUCUGUAAAGUUUAAUGUCGUCUUAAAGAACGAUAUGUUGCUUAACGAUAUACGCAAAACCUCAUUUGAUCUAUUAAAAUGAAAUCCUUGUGGACAGGUCACGUGGGCUUCUGUUGAUGGUGAGCUGCGCAUUGUGACGUUUCCUGUUACCCAGAUUCCCGUGGUUAACUGCUCGCAGUCAUAUGGUUGCUUUGCUGUACCACUGCCGUUGAGGAUAACCAUCCCGCCCCGUGACACAAGGGUAACAGCCUUUGCUAUUGUGCGACAGGGCUUUUUAGUGGAGCCACAACCGUUGGUGUCGUUUCCGCGUAAAGAAACGUAGACAGUUUUUUGAUACUCGAGGCAUCCUGUAAAUUAGAAAGACAUGGAAAUGCGCAGUAAUAAGGAUGUUCUCCUUGCAAUAUUUGUUACAUGUAGACAGAGACGCAGUAAGCAGGACCGUGGCAAUAGGCCCUUUGCAGUAUACGGCGCAUGGUAUAAAAAUCACAUUGCUGGAUGUCAAACGACGCAGUGGGACUUUAAAAAGAAAGGAUAUUAGUUUUUUGAAUGUUGUAAUCUCUUGUUUUUCUUGUCCCUCUGCGUCGUUUGCCAUCCAGCAAGGUGUUUUUUGUGCCAUGUGAGCGUUCUCUGCAAAGGGCGCAUUUGCGGCUUUACGCCUCUCUCUCUUGCCUAACCCCCGUAACGUACGUCGAAAAAUCAAAUAGCCACUUUGGAAACGAAAAGGGACUGGAGCCGAAAUGCGUCCUUCAAUACGCGCUAGUAAGCGCUAGGCAAGCUAGCAACACUCCCAGGAGUCUUUGCGAAAGUUCAUUAGACCCAGUCUCCCUCUCGUUUCUAAAGUGGCGAUUGUGAAAGAUAUCGGUUUCUAAACGGCCGAAUCUCCGGCUAACUGACCGCCGGCUUGAAAUUUGCCAAUGUGAUAGACAGAAAGCGAACUCAACAAAAAAGCUGCCAAUUUUCUGACUUCAACGUCUAAAUUGAUCAAACUGAACAGUAAAAGAACUGUCAGAACUGGUAGCAAAAAAAACUCAUGACUUUCGAUUAAAAUUUUCCUGCACGCUAGAAAGUCAACAAUCGUUUUAACCCAAACCCUAACGCUAUCUGAUGUGGCCUUAAGUAUCAGGCAAGACAAAGCCGCACUUGCCGCCCCGUUUAGAUUUUAUGCUUUUGUCGUUUGGCCUCUUGCCAAAAUCCCACGAGUUGUCCGUGCCUUUAGUGUUCCGGCAGUGCAAUACUUGCUUUGUAUGUUCUAAAUAUCUAGCUACGUUCUUGAUAAAGCUAAAGUUUUAUGCGUUGGACUCGCCCAAAGAAGAAGUGAUGAUGAAAAUUGCCCACCGUAAAAAGUGUCCCAAGCUGACGAUUUUAGCUCUGGUCUUCCGUCAGGGCGGUAGGCAAUCAGUACGUUACUUUUUCAUUUCACUCAGUAAAACUAGAUUUUUGUCCUUCAGUCGACGCUCAGAAGAGUUUUCCAUUAAAGGUUCGGGUGCCAGUUGACACAAAAAAGGCCUGCGUUUAAACUGUAAUACCGUAAAAUUCCAAAAAUAAGCCCCUGCAAAUAAACGCCCCCCCGGGGAAAUUGCCCUCAAAUACAAAGCAAAAACGGUAAAUUUCUUUUCGACUAUCAGGCAAGCCCAAGCAAUUUUGAAACGCAAAUUUCCCUUCGUAGAUAAGCCCCUCAAAAAGGGCCUUUGAAAAAAUAAAGCCCUGGGGCUUAUUUUCGGAAUUUUACGGUAUCCUACAUAUGUUGUGUGCAGCAUCUGAUUAAGGCUUCUUUGCCAACCUACACCCCAUCGCAACUAGUUGUGGUUUCGAUAAAUGUUCAUCACGCGAGUGCCUUUAUUGAUAUCGUACUCCUACAAAUCAAAUUAGGCCAUGUAACAUAACUAUAUAUGGUGUGAGUUAUGUAAAUUUACCUAAGCUAUUUAGAAAUGAAAAAGUUUGGUUUUAUCGAGUGAGUUAAUAAAAUGACCACCGCAAAGUAGAUUUAGGAGCAGGUUCACCCUGGCAAAGGGCUACUGAGUUUAUAUAAAGCUAGGCUAUUAUGCUCAACUGCUAACGGACUAACCUGUUUUAACCAUUAAGAGAAGAAAAAGAUGCGAUACAAAGACAAACCAACAAGCAGCCAUGGACUAACGUUUCCUGUGGGUGUGAAAUGUUGUUUUCUGGGUUGCAGUUGUUUAAAUGCUAAAAACUGAAAUCGAUUAGUCACGUUAUAAUAAUGGCUCGAAACUGACUCGAAAAUGAAAGCAAUUCGCUUACGCCAAGUGAAUUAAAAUAAUCAGAACAUUCCAGUUUAAAACUGACAUCGCGGCUAUACAGCUUUAUGGUGAGACACGGUAAGGUGGAAAGUUUUUUUGGAACUGAAAGUCGUGAUCAGUAUUGCUGUUGACAACAACUUGGUUUUAACGGUACAUUAGUAAACAAACAAAAGGAAAAAAAUAGGAUAUUGGCCGAACCGAGCAUUUUACCAUGAUUUUUAUUAAUUGGAGUCCAGCCCUGCGUAACAGGCUAUUUUAUUGCCGAGUGAAAGGAAGCUAAAACUGGAGAUAAUUUAUAGAAACAAAAUACAUUUACAAAUUAAAUAGUAAAUCAUCGAUUGGCUCAUGAUACGUAAUUACGUCCAUCGUUGGUUCUGGAAAGCACAUGAUAGAAAAAAAUUAACUGAAACAAAUUGAUUUUGCUUUCACGAGGAUGCUCUGCGCUAAACGUUUGAGUCUUGCCGGGAUCAUUUCACGAACACUGUAAGGUCAUUUACCAACUGAAAGCUAUCUAGCGAGAUCAAGGAAAGGAAACGAUGUGGGCAUUGGUUAAGACGAAAAUCGUCAAUCAGGUCCCCGUUGUCGUCAUCCUCGGAGACCCAGGGGCAGAUUUCCCUCGCCCCCACUAUCUGCCCCUGGGUCUCCGAGGAUGCGUUGUUGUAAGAUGACUGUGCAUGAUUGCUGCAAACAAACACCUUUUAGGUUUAAUGCAAAUUUAAUUUCUGUCCGCGCUUUCUUCCUAGAUUGAUCUUGAACUUCAGAAUCUUUGACGCAUUCCGAUAUUUAGGGAAUUCCAUGCCAGUUCAAUAUUCACGUACCGAAGCGUGUCAUGUCUCGAUGUUUGUCACACGAUCACUCAUUAGACCUUUACGCGAUAUUGUGUGCAGGAAAUUGUGUUAAAAGAACGAUAUUCUGAGUUCCAGCGGCGCAGACUUGAAAUUACUAUCCUCUAAACUCGACGCUGACUAUUCUGACUUGUCCUGAAAAGCAAAUUUGAAGAAUAUAUGCGCCACUUGGACAUCUGCCAUAGCGCACCCUAUUUGCAUAACCUUUGUUUUUCAUUUCUCCUGGGUAUUACAGCCGUACCAAAAGAAAUUGAAAACAAUGCUUAUGCAAAAGUGUGGGGAGGCAAGUAAGGUGCAUUAUGGGAGAUGUGCAAGUGGCGCGUGCUGUUGAGAGAUUUCUCCGUUAAGUCACGUGACGAGUUAGUCAUAAUCAUUUGCAGUGACACGUAAUUAAGUUUUAGGUUUGGAGUCCGCUUUAACGAGGUCUUAUCUUUUUUAGGUGUGAUCAUUGAAAUAUACCUUAAAACUGAUGCUUUCUUAUGGGGUCAGGAACUUUGUGCUGCAACUAUCCCGCCGUUUUUAAAACAUGUACGGAAUGUUGUCGUAGCAAUUUUAUAAUUUCACUCUAGUAAUUUCUCACUCAUGAUAUAAUAUGAUCAAAAUCAUAAUCAUAAUAUCAAUCAAUUUGUUUAGCGCCAAAAUCCGUAAAUCCAAUGGUGCUUUAGAAACAUUGAUACUAUAGCAUCAUAUCAAGAUUGUAAACACGGUAACAACUAAAUAUAUUUGAUCUGAAUUUAUUCAGGGUGAGUAAAUAUGGAAAGCGCAUCUUUGUUGAUGUUCUUGAGAUGCCAGAGAGUGAUGUGGUAGUACAUUCAAAGGACCAAGACAUUCAAGAUUGGUCAAAAGUUGCUCUGCAGAUCAAGGAACAUUAUGAAAAUUAUCAUGGAUUUGUCAUUCUGCAUGGCACUGACACCAUGGCCUAUCUUGCCUCGGCUCUUUCAUUUAUGUUUGAAAAUCUCGCAAAGUCAGUCAUCUUUACUGGUUCACAGGUAAGGUUAGGGAAGGUUUUAGCUCCCUCACAAAUCGCCUUUAGUCGGGAAAAUAGGGGCACAGAUGCUGGGGUACUCCUUUUAAUGGCCUAUGCGGGGAGGCUCCGCCCGACAUGGUUACUGACCUUUUUCAGGCUUCAGGUGUAUGAAAGGGUAGGGAAAUCUGUCAUUUCGGUCGGCAAAAAGGCUCAAACGGCUAGCAGAUGCCUCUUAUGGCUGUUACAAAAUCGAGAAAACGUUCUGAUUUUGUGAGUUAUUCAUAUUUCAAAGACAGUGGAUUUACAGAAGUUAAAAGAGAUGGAAAGUCCCAAACUAAUUAUGUGAAAGGGGUACCAUUUGUCAAUAGAAGGCGUUCGAAAGGGGUACCUUUUCUGUGAAAAAUGGUAAAUAAAAGCGUAAGGGGCUUGACCUUCGGGCGGAACCUCCCCGUAUAAAAACUUUUUUGACUACCAGACAACAAGUGAUACACCAUGAAAGUAAGAUAAGGUUUUUUCAAUAAUAAUUUUAUUGUAUUUUUAUUUUCUAAAGCACAUCAUAAAUAUCCCCAUACAAACUCAUAUUUUCGCCAUGUUCGCUAUUUCGCAAUAUCAUCUCCAGUGACUGACAGCUUGAACUUGGACCGCCUAGGUCCUUGGAAGUUUGAAUUUCCAAGCCAAAUCUCAAUGGGAUAACAUGCAUAUCAGUGGCUUUUACUUAAAGUAUCCUGUAAACGUCUUGUCAUAUGUUUGUAUUAUAUAGAGCGUUUUCACUCACGUGGCCAGCAUCUAUGCAAAUUUAUUGGAACAAAAAAUGUUUUUACCUAACAAAAGAGUUCAACUCCCACAGGACUAUUGUGGGACACCAACAUGGCCGCCAUUUCAUUGUUUUGGAACACCAAUAUGGCCGCCGUGACGUCAUGUGAAAACGCUCUAUUGUUUUGGAUCAUUAUACGUUUCAGAGAAACUGCCCACCUGCCCCUCCCCUAAGCCAACAUUUUGCCCGAAGUGAGAAGUAAGUGUUAAUGUUGGCUUAGGGGAGGGGUAGGUGGGCAGUUUCCUAGAAACGUUUAACGAUCCGUUUUUUUUUCUAAAUUUCUCCAUGGAUGUUUUAUAGUAUGCUCUAAGCGAUCAUUUGAAUGAUGGAAGGCAGAAUCUACUGGGCGCUAUCAUGAUUGCAGGUCACUAUGUCAUACCAGAGGUAAAGCGUCUAAAGCCUGUUCUGCUUCCUAGAGACCUUUAGAUUUUAAGACAAGGACGACUACGAGUACGAGAUGUGCUCGCGCGUGAACCAGCGUCAUUUUGGCGGGGAAAAGUAGUCUCCUUCGUCACCCUACUACAAGGUUGCGAGAAUGUCAUGGUGAUGGAAGCAAGUUAUCAAAUGUUAGAUGUUUUAUCAUUUUGUGGUUGGGAGACAUAUAGAGAUAGAGAUAACAUAGCUAACUCUUCUGUUAAAACAAAAGUACAAUGAGGCUUUCCAGGGUGUCUCUUUUUGGAGAAUACGCGAAGAACUUUAAGUUAAAUCUCGUAAAGUUAAGUCUCUCCAGGGAGUAAAAACGACUCGAAUUAAUCGUCUGAAAUUCAGGCUAUGUUUAUUCACACUUUUGUCAUUUUUCUCUUUUUUCAAUUAAGGUUACUUUAUUCUUCCAUGGGAAACUUUAUCGAGGGAACCGCGCAUUGAAAGUAGAUGCACGAAGGUUUGGUGCGUUUGACUCUCCAAACUGCCCUCCCUUGGCUACAGUUGAAGCAGGCAUUGAAGGUAAGAUCCUAGUUAAAAUUGAGGCCUUGCGAUUCAAAGAAGAGGACGACUACUUUGACGACUAGGUAGUGGGAGCGCGUGAAUCAGCGUCAGUUUGGCAGGACAACACGAUAGCGGCCGUCAUUCUAUUUCGAGUUUUAGCGGGAAUGUCGUAGUCGUGGAAACAAGUUUCAUCAUUGUGUGAUCGGGCUAGGGAUUGAACCCCUUCAACUAAAAAAAACCGCGCUUGCUAUACUGGUGAACUAACUUAAUUUCGUCUUCGUAGUAGUUCUCGUUCUUGAAUCUUAAGCUUGAAUUAUAAUUUUUUGGGGGAGUUUUUAACUUCUUUUCCUUUUUCUCUGCGACUGAAACAGUGGAAUGGGAAGAGCUUUUUCUUGAAAACCAAGCCACUAAAUUCCGUGUUCACACAAGAAUGAGCUCGCAGAUUGGAGUGCUGAGGAUUUUCCCUGGUAUCACUGCAGAGGCUGUGAGUAUUGAAUGAAAGAGAAAUCUGGCCCCAGUUGUUGGACGGAGGUGCAUAACGCUAUUCACUGGAUAAAUGACAUAAAUCUCUAUUUGGUGAAUAGUGCUAUCCAACGUUUGAACAACCGGGGCUACUGUAGGUGUUAUCAGGUUGAUGAUGUGCCCCAUUGUUAUAUAAAAAUAAGUAUUAAGAACUCAUUAAUAUUCCUAUAACUAUAACUGUAAACACCUAAUCCUCACCCCCAGCUACAUCAAAUACUUAAUUAAUUUCCAAGAAAUAAAUACGAGUUACUUCAGUGAAUGAGAAAAAGUAAAUGGAAGUUGAUGCCCCGUUGUUAGUGAAUGGCUGGGACAUGUUUUAAGUUCCUAAGAUUGUUUGUGGUAGCUGAUAUCUUGAGAAAAUAGUAAUGGAAAACGGACUAUUCUCAGAAACAAAAAAUAACGUCAAAACGUGGUACGCGUGGCUAUAAUGAAGGCUGCGAAAUGGUUGGAAGUACUUCAGGCUUCAAAAAGGUAAUCUACACUCCCCCAGCGAUUUAAUCGUGCAAAAGUAAUAAUAGAGAGGUUAAGCACCACUGAUUCCCGUUUGCUGUUUGCCGUACACCUCAGACUAACUGUGCUGGAAACUCUGCGCUCCAUGCCAUCUAGCAGAGGAGAACGUUCAUCAGCGAUUAGAGUGUUUACAGACAAUCCGUUUUCUGUAAACUGAAAUUGCCUCAUUUCCAUCAAUGUUUCCAUGUGAAAUAAACUAUCUGACAGCAACAAAAAGUCACUGUCUCACGUUUUUCAUGAACGUCCGCCCCUCAAGUGACAAACGGCAAACAUGAAAAGGGCAGGAGCAACUGAUCGCGUGGACAUCUCUGCCCUUUGCCGUGAAUGUGGUGCUUAAAUGUCUGUAAAAUGAAGCGGAGCCUCAAGACUCCGAUUUGAGACUUGUGAAUAAGCCAAGGGAUAUUUUUUCAAGUAAUAAAGGUGCUUUUUUUAAUUUAACAGUGAAUUUAUUUUAGUGUUUUUACCCUUCAUUUUCUACUUAGGUAAGUGCUUUCCUGGAACCUCCCAUUGAGGGUGUAGUACUUGAGACGUAUGGAGCCGGAAAUGGCCCUGACUCGCGCAAGGAUCUAUUACAGGAAAUAAAAACAGCAUCCAAGAGAGGCGUGAUAAUUGUCAACUGUACACAGUGUUUGUAUGGUCAUGUGGUUCACGACUAUGCUACAGGAAAGGUGGGAUUCUGACUUGUGUAAUUUUAAAUGUAAUAUAACUUUUUAGCCAUGAAACCGUGGGGAUCUUUACAACUUGUUAGCAAGCGUCCGUGUGAUGUACAUCGAGUUGAAGUUGCAAAUUUUUGUUUUUGCGCAAAGGAAAACUGGAGGACCCAGUGUAAAACCUCGGGGAGUAAGAUAAAAAAGUGAGGUUUGUCAACUAAGUUGAUAAUUACCAGUUAUUCGGCUUUCGUAUGGUUAAGAAUUAUGGAGAUCAAAGAAGGAUGUUUUCGGCUAAGGCAGAUAACACCCUCCAAGAUCUGCACAAUUCUUCAGAUCGUGCGAAAGCCGAAUGCACUAACUGUUUUACUGUUCAUUCAAAAUAAUUUCCAGUUUGAAAACGAGCUAAAACUUGCUUACCUCUAUCGAUAUUUGGUUGGCCUGCGUAGCAUGGCGGUUUUGGUUGAGAGCGCUAAGUAAUAAAGGCGGGCGAGUGCAGAGAAACCGCAAGGAGAUUGGGGCGGCAGCAACUUGAUUUUUAUUUUUCUCGCGGCUUCGCCGCGCGUGCGCCCGGCUCGACAAAACCGCCAUGCUACGCAGGCUAAUAUUUGGUAAGUUCCUGUCUUCUUGUGCCCGUUUCUCGGCAAUGGAUGUUCAGUGUCAAAGAUAUUCUUUAAAUAGCAGAUGUCAUCCGACGAUUUGUAUCCUUGCUGUUCUUGCUAUGCUUUUAGCUAGUAAUUCAGCUAUUACGUGUGAAUUGUUCUUGCUCUACCAGAACAACGCAACCUCGUUCCCAGGGCGUCUCGGUUGCCAACCCUUUUUCUGACGAUUACCCCGUGCUAUGGACGUCGUCUUCCAGAUAGGUUAACGCCAGCGUGUCAACCUCCUCCCGAGUUACCUUUUCCAGACAAGGGCAUUUUUUUCCUCGCUUUGCUAUCACGGAGGAAAACGAGAGACUUCUGGAACUCUAGUUAAUUGCUGGAUGCUCAAUACAUGCCGUCAUUUAGUGUCAACCACUAAUGCGUAGCCUGCCUGACAGGCGCAAAAAAGGGGAGGGGGAGAGGGAGAAAAGCACAGAAGAGAAAAUGGAAGGGAGCCCCUGCCAUAAGAGCCUGUGUUUUUGCAUUCCGUUCACCCAUUUUUUAUCUCAUCCGAUUACGUCAACUGUCAAUAUGCGACCAAUCACAAAUAGGGACGUUGCUCAGCAUGGUCCAAACUUAAUCAUUUUGUUUAUACCUUACCCUCUUUCCCCAACCCCCCCACCCUCCCUUUUUUCCUUCCUCCGAAUCCCCUACCUCUUUCGAAGCCUGCUACGCAGGCUACUAAUGCGUACCUUUGUUUUAAACAUUGUAUCAGGCGUUGCUAGAUGCGGGUGUCAUAUCAGGGAAUGACAUGACCGUUGAGGCGGCGCUGACAAAACUUUCCUACGUGCUUGGACAUGAUGAACUCACACUUGACGAAAAGAAAAAGGUAACUGCUCAUUGUCUCUUGAUACGUAUGUCAGUAAAUAUGGUCAAUGUAGCCAACCAUUACUAUAGAGAUCUUUAGAUUCUAGGACGAGAACGCCUACGAUUACGAGAUUUAACGUGAAGUUUUUUCGCGUAUUCCCAAAUGAUAGACACACAGGAGGAGGUUAAGUUACUCCCAGCCGAACAAAUAAUAAAACCUAUGACUCUAAAACUUGCGUCCGCUAACGCGACAUUCUCGCUAAAACUCGUAGCAGAAUGACGUUGACUACCACAUUUUCCCGCCAAAAUGACGCUGGUUCACGCGUGAGCAAUACUCGUACUCGUAGUCGUUCUCGUCUUAGAAUCUAUAGCUCUCUCAUAAAUAGUCUGCGAAUACAUCUGUCUCUUCUCGUUCCUUUAGCAGCGAGUAGCGAGAACAGACGGCUGUAUUCGCAUUUAAGUUCUUAACUGGUAUCUCUGUAAGGCAGACAUCCACUAACCCACCCUUCCCUCUUUUCAUAAAAUAGAUACCUAGACCCGUCCACAAGAAUGCGUUUGUUGCUUGAAGAUGCACAGGGUUUUUUGCGCUUUCAUCAUAUUUUCACGCUGAAACGAUAACAGACGUAGAUUUUCCCUCUCGAAGCGGAGCCUUUUGAAAACGGAGAACUAUCGUUUUAGUGUCGACGGGCUUAAAAAACGCUGGCGUUAUAGCUACUCAUGCGUGGUAUAAAAAACUUAAACAGCAAGAAUAGACGCGGAUAUCGUACACAUGUCUGAGAAUAGCCUGGGAACGAAAAUGCAACUCAGAUACAUGUAUGCGUUUUGAUUUCUGGUAUAAACGGUUGAAUGCGUGGCGAAAACGCCAGUUGAAGGCGGACCUUUCAAUACGUUUUUUGCUUCUCCAAGACAGAGACUUAGGGCCUAAUAUUUAAACGAAGUCUAAUUUAAGCGGCGGUUUAACGCAUCUUUGAACCUUCAGAUCUCUUCCUUGGUGGGUUGUUUAUAGAAGAUACAUGCUUUUCUAGUCUUCUCUAUAUGCUGUCAUAAAACUGUUCAAAUAAAAUGAUGUUUAGAUAAAAUCGUUGGGCAAAUUGAAAAUGACUUAGAUAGCGGAUUUGUUAAACACUGGCUAAACUACGUUUAAAUAUUUGGCCCUUAGAGUUUGUCUCUGCCACUCUUCAAUCGUUUUCUUUAACUAUCCAUGGGGCGGUCGCCUCCCUUAAUGAGACAACUUAGAGUUGGUCCCUGCCGUUCUUAAGGUUUUUCGUUUAGUGUCCUUAAGGUGGACGCUUCUCUAAGAUAGGCACCAAGGGUUAGUUCCUGUCUUUGUUGUCGUUAUCUUAAAAUCUACAUAAGGUCGCUUCUUUAAAACCAACACUGUCCGACAGUUGACAUCCUCCUUUUACACGGGGUUUUACCGCCAACAUUGACAUCACUGUCUCUUCUUUUAUUUUGUUUACAUGUUGACGUCGGGGUUUUUAUUGUAGAUGAUGAAGACAAAUCUGCGUGGUGAGUUAACAGUUUACAAAGAUGAGGAACAGCAGCAGUUUUCCUUGCGUGACAAUGAACUAAUUGAUGCUGUGGCCUCGCACUUCAAAGUUGGUUCAACUGAGGUAAAUUAGAGCCCGGGGGGGUACUUUAGGAAUUUCUGGGUGGGGAUGUGCCGCUGGGAGCCUGGAACCCUUAACCUUUACCAGAGCUAGUUCAGCUGAAUUUUGCUACCCUAUACUAGAGUAAAAUUUCCAAAUCCCCCUAUCCUAGAGUAGCUGUGUACCUAUUCUAGAUAAAAUCUUCAACCAACUGAUCAGUUUCCUGAAAAAUGAUACCCUAUUCUAGAGCCAAACGCUCUGAUUUAUAUACCCUAUCCCAGAGUAAACUGCUUGAAAACCAUACCCUUCACAGCGGCACAUACCUAUAUAGCCCAUAUAUGGCAGUACCCCCCCCCCCGGGAUUAGAGCACUGUGAAAAAACCAAGUUGUGUAGAUGCAGGUCGUCAUUAAGGCUGUUUUCGUUUACUGUCCUUAAGGUGGACGCUUCUCUAAGAUAGGCACCGAGGGUUAGUUCCUGUCUUUGUUGUCGUUAUCUUAAAAUCUACAUAAGGUCGCUUCUUUAAAACCAACACUGUCCGACAUGAUCAUGAUCCUAUCAUGAUCCUAUCACACCAUCCCUGAUCAACCUGCACUGGCUUCCGGUUACCCACAGAAUAGAAUUCAAGAUAGCAAUGCUAGUUCACAAAUGUAUCUACGGCGUCGCACCACAAUAUCUUUUAGACUUGAUAAAAAUCAAAGAGAGCUCGCGGUAUCAGUUGAGAUCAUACCGGGGCAUACUCCUAAUGGACAAUACCUAUAGAACAAAAAAGACACUCGGGGAUAGGGUGUUUGAAAAUGCUGCGCCCAAAGUAUGGAACCGACUCCCUCUAGAAAUUAGACAAUGUCAAUCAUUGAAAAUUUUUUAAAGUUUUACUAAAGACACAUCUUUUUAAAUUAGCUUUUUAUUAGUUCUAUUAUUAACUCAUAUUUUACUUUUAUUGUUUUCCGAAAAUUGUAAAUUAUUAUUAUUAAUAUCAUUAUUUGGAUUAGCUAUUUAUUACUUUAAGAUUUUACUGUUGUAAUGCGCAUUCGAUCAUAUCUUUAUCGCAUGCUAGACUGCGCAAUAUAAGAAAUAAACAUUAUUAUUAUUAUUAUUAUUAUUAUUAUUAUUAUUAUUAUUAUUAUUAUUCACGCUGCACCGGAUAGCUUUUGCGCCGCCACGAAAAUCAUACCAGAUGGGGCUUCUAUUCACACACAAGAACGGUUAUGGCGACGCUGUUUCUGUGACGAAGCGAAGCUGAGCCGCGCCGAUCUCGAUAGUGGAGCGUCACAUAUCGGACAGGUUCUGUUCCACACUUCGGUGCAGUAUGAACACCUAUUCGGCGGAAGUAAAUAAGUAGGACCCACUAAGACGGAAGUAAAUAUUCAGGAGCGAGGAAUGGCAUUUAGUGCACCAAAUCCCCUAGGCCAACGAAUAGGCCAUUUCCGAGUUCCCCCCGAGCCUCUGUAUCAAAACGAUUUUAAGUGUUCAGCCUUUGAUAUGAAAAUGAUUUUUCAUUCUCAUGCAAGUAAAACUCAUUUUCACAAGAAAGGUUGUGCACCUAGCCUCAUUUUGAAAGUGAGGGUUUUUAGAACUCGAAAGUGGCCUGUUGUGCCGCCUGGAGCCGUUGCUGUUCAUGCUCUACACGAGAGCUGUCUGGUAUAGUGUGAACAUAGCGUAAAUUUCUUAAAAUGGGAAAGACAGAAAAGGUCGUUUAGUUGAAAAUGCGAUAUUGCCUGUUAUCAUUUAAACUAUUUAUCCCAAUGUUUUGAUUGGCGUCGAGGUCAUUACGUCACUGCACAUAACUGCUUACAGACAACGCUUUGCUCAUGGGCAGUAUGGCAAAUAUUAAACUGCUCGCCGCUGACAGGUCACGAUAUUUUUCUUAACCUCGUCCACUAAUUGUUUAUUAUCAUAACUAAAAUGUUUCGUGUUUUUGUCACGCAUUUCUCAAAAACAGGAGGUGACUUACAUCAAACGAGCGUUAUUUCCGGUACUCACGUGUCACGCCGCAGGAAGAGGAGACAUUGUUGCUAUGGAAGAAUUACGUAAACAGGUAACCAUACAGUCUCCACAUACACAAAGAAGUAGACUAGUAGCCAUAUGCUGAGUAUCAACCGGUCUAAGUAGCCGCCUACUUCAUCUUUGAAAGCCUACGUAUCCUCUCCUUAAUGGAGGUGUGUCACGAAAUUUAUCAAAAUGUAAACAAUUGGAACCAUCCACCAAACUGAGUGACACAUAAGAAUAACUGCUCAAAACAUUUUAAAAAAGGCUAUAAAUAACAGAGUGCGAUGGCGCCAAAAUUGUCCCCGAGCUCGCAGAAGUAAGCCUGCUCGGAGGCUAUUAAGGAGCUUAAGUAACGAAGACGGCGACAGCGACGGCAACGAGAAAGGCAAAAAAGCAAUAGGUUUACAACUUUGCCACGCUUUUUUGUACAUUUCUUUGCUGUCGCUGCACGACUACAACGUGAAAGUGCCUGAUUUCACGCUUCGUCGAGUACGUGAACACAAGACAAUGACUUUUUUUUUACAUUUCCUGGACUUUGAUACAGUCUUAGAAUUCAACUCCAGAAAAUUUGCCAACAUUUGACGAAUUGAGCGAGUUGGAAUAAGUGCGAUGAAGUUUGAGGUGGUGGGAAUUCACUUUUUAAGUGACGUUUUCGUAGCCAUCGCCGUCGUUGUUGCUUAAGCUCCCUAAUGCAAGAGAAGGAACGGAUGGACAAACUUGAAGAAGAUUGAAGCGGGUUGCAAUUGAUGGUUUUUGAAACCUUGUUAGCCUAGCAGUUAUUAAAGUUCAUCUUUGUUGCUUGUCCCAGGAUCUUGUCUCUUUCAAAUAUGGCGGCGGCAUAGUGAAAAACGAGAAGACCCUGCAGGGGAAGUUUGAUAUAAUGCUUGGGAGACAUAUUUGUUUGACAUGAAGCUGUGAUUUGGCCCCGCAUACACAAGGAAUUUUCCAAGUUCCGUGGCGAAUAAGGACGCGCACUUGGCAUUUUUAAGGAGCUUAAAGGUGAUGUUACACGGGGACAAUUCGCAACGACCAUUUUUAAUGCAACACAACGUUGCAAUGUUGGAGCAAUGUUGUAACUAUUCGAAACGAUGAAGUUAUGAAUAUAUGAAAAUCAUAUAUGUGAACUGCGGAGUGAAGAAUUAAAUGAACGAUGAUCAUCGCAGUUAUAUACGCAACUUUUGCAGUCGCGAAAAGAAAGUCUGAAAAAAAACAUUCGGAACAAUGCCGCAACAAUGUUGCAACGCUUUGUUGAGCUAAAAAUCGACGUUGCGAAUCUUCUCGAGUAACAUCACCUUAAGCAAAGACGUUUUUGAGCGACGCACGUCAACUGGAAGUGAGGCGUUCUUCCGUUUUAUCUGCCUUGGCGCUAACAAAUUUGUAUUGCCAAGUUUCUUUUCUCUUAUAAAGACGAUUUACCCGAGUGUUUCAACCAAACCACUGUCCAAUGAUGCUAAAAGUCCAGUUCCGGUUGAUGUCCGUCGCUCAAAAACACUGUUGCUCAAGCUCCCUGUUAAAAAAUGAACAAGACAACCGUAACACGGCCCCUUUGAGUGUGGUUAAGUUUUGUAACUCUCUGAUCCGCUCACUAACCGUUGCCAGCUGUUGUAAACUUCUACCAAGCCCUGUCAACGAUAUUCCACUCUAUGUCAACGCUUACCAACGCUCUCCUUGUUCAUUACGUGUUCAAAAUGUCGUUGAAAGUCUGAAAAUGGUAACCUUGGGCGCUUUCCAUUCAACAAAAAUUCCGGUUCGAAAUUUCGGAAAUUCCACUUGCCUAACGGGACGGUACAUUCCGGCUGCCCAGACCCGACCCAAGCCACCGCGCGUUUGGUUAUUGUUCUUGUAAGCAGGAUACAAAAGAGCGGUACUGGGGACAACAUUUUGUCAAAUGGAAAGGGUCAUUUCGGUCCGACCAACUGAAAUAACCAGACCAGUCAAAGUGGACCUACUUCAAAGCUGAUCCCGAAUAUUCCGGUCGGACCAAACCGAAAUAAUCCGUUCCAUUUGAUGUACCAACCGAAUUUUCCGGAAUUUUGGGUUGAAUGGAAAGCACCCCUUGUUUAUAUUAUUUUGAUAAAUAUCCGCCUAGCAGGCGCUUGAAAUGAAUAUGGGCUCAAGAAAAAACUGGACGCGCGCGCCUUUUUUUUCUUUAGGCGCUUGGAAAGCCUCUCGGACAGGCCACCCCUCUUCCCUCGCUUGUCUUCCUCGCGCCCGGCCUUUUUUUCUCAACCCAUAUUCCUUUCAAGCGCCUGCUACGCAGGUUAUGAAUAUCAGUGAUUAGUAAAAUCCAGCUAGUGGUCUAUUAUUAAUGCUGCGUUCUGAUUGGUUGAGCUACUACUAGGCUAUAUGUUAUAGCCCACUAGUAGCGAAAAGCGCGGGCUUUUUGGCGGGAAAAAAAGGAUUAAAGUCUAGCUUUAACUAGCUAGAGUUGUUUUGUCUCGAUAUUUUUGACCAACUAGUUGGAUUUUACUAAAACAAUUAUUCCUCUCGCCCACAUGACCUCUGAGUCAAUAGCCCAUUGGCCCUUCGGCCUCAUCGGCUAUUGACUCAGAGCCCAUUCGGGCUCAAAGAAUAAUUGUUAAAUAUCUUUGAUUACACUUUUCUUUGUUAUGACUAACAUAGUUGUGGCAGGCGGCAUCAUUUUUGUUUGUUUUCUUAGGGUGGUGUAUUAAAUGCCGCGACCAGCCAUGAUGGACGCACGCCGCUGCACGUUGCGUGUCUCGAGGGCCAGUUACACGUUAUACGUCACCUCCUGGCCAAAGGCGCAUCUCCGCACGUUAUUGAUAAUCACGGACAGACUCCGUUACACGACGCUCUACGCAGCGCUAACGAAGAAGCAAUUUUGCUCCUCCGAGAGUUUGGGGCACAUUUGGGACCAACUACCAUGGAUACGGCGCAGAAAAUGUGCUCCCUUGCCGCUGAUGAUAAAGUUGAUGUACUGCGGGCCUGGCAUCUCGCUGGAGUGGACUUCAGUGCUGGGGAUUAUGAUCGAAGAACAGCCCUGCGUGUGGUAAGUGGAACACAGUCAGUACCAGAGACGGCAAACAAACUCUAAUUGCAUUCUCCUCGUAUGUCUGUAAUCGGUGAGAAAAUCAGUGAUACACUUUUUCUUUAAGGUGGCUCGAUACAGUUUUUCAAGGCCAAUACCUCCCAAGUUUGAGCAUAAACUACGUCGCCAUAAACAAAGUUUUGGAAAAAUUGCCACCACAGUUGUAUUAGAUAAAGAUGAAAAUCUUUUAUGAUCAGGGUUGCAAUGACAUCGGAGUUGUCAUAGAAACGAAAUGACGCUAUUACCUAUUUUACUUACAGAAGUAUUUCUCGGCACUGGGAACUGUUCUUCAAAAAUCGUUCACGGGAGCGUUUUCCUCCAAUAGCGGCCUCGAUGUUCGUGAAGUUUAAGCGAAAUCUGUAAGAGCGCUAUCGAGAUAUUUUGGGAUAAAGAUUUUAUGGUAAGAAAUACGGUAAAAAAUGGAUAAUCUUGAUGUUCGGCUGUUAUCUGUAGAAAAUGAAGCGCUUUUUACAUGCAAUUUCACCUCAUAGUAGUUUCAAUCUUUUUAAAAACGUGUGUGAAAGACCGUGGAGAUAUCUCCAGCCGAUUGUUAGAAAGAAGGAUUUGAUUGAUAUGUUUCGAGGCGCUUUUGUUAGCGGUUUUUGAACAUUUUGGUCUACUUUAACAAAUUAGCGAAUAAUUUUUAAACCGCUCGAUAGAUUUUUUUUAAAAAUUAAUAUUCUUGAGAUUAACCUUCCUUUUAUAUGACCCUUUAGUUUCAAGAUGAUUGAUAUAUUGUAAGGCAGUAAAAUAAGGGCUAAAAUUCGCCAAUAUUUUGGCAGAAAUUUUGUGUUUACAAAUGUGAGCCUCCAUUAUUCAGGGUAUUGUCUCCAAGGUUCAUAUUUUCGCGCAUAACAAUAGCUAGCAUUUUUGCAUAUUUCAAAUGCAUUGUUAGUUACUGUUGUUCACGUGAAAAUGAAACUUGGAAACAAUGCCUUGAAUAAUGAGAGGUUUUCACUUGUAAUAACGAAACUUCCGAUAGAAAAGUAACGAAUUGUAGCCCUUAUUUUACUGCCUUACAAUGUAUCAAUAAUCUUGAAACUAAAAGGUCAUAUAAAAGAAAGGUUAAUCUCAAGAAUCUUAAAUUUUAAAAAAAUCUAUCGAGCGGUUUAAAAAUUAUUUGCUAAUUUGUUAAAGAAGACCAAAAUGUUUGCAAAACCGCUAACAAGAGCGCUUCGAUACAUACGAAUAAAACCCUUCUUUCUAGCAAUCGGCUGGAGCGAUCUCCAUGAUCUUUCACACACGUUUUUAAAAAGAUUGAAACUACUAUGAGGUUAAAUUGCAUGUAAAAAGCGCUUCAUUUUCUACAGAUAACGGCCAAACAACAAUAUUGUCCAUUUUUUACUGUGUUUCUAACCAUAAAAACUUCAUCCCAAAAUAUCUUGAUAACGCUCUUACAGAUUUCGCUUAAACUGUACGAACGCCGAGGCCACUACUGGGGAAAAACGCUCCCGUGAACGAUUUUGGAAGAACAGUUCUCAGUGCUGAGAUAUACUGCUGCAAGUAAAAUAGUUAAUAGCGUCAUUUCGUUGCUAUGACAACUCCGAUGUGAUUGCGACCCUGAUCACAACAAAUUUUCAUCUUUAUCUAAUACAACUGUGGUAGCAAUUUUUCCAAAACUUUGUUUAUGGCGACGUAGUUUAUGCUCAAACUUGGGAGGUAUUGGCCUUGAAAAACUGUAUCGAGCCACCUUAAGUGCUUCUUGCUAACUUCAAAAGGGGAAAUAAAACUUUCCCUCUUGCGCCCCGUCCCCCACCCAUGCAAUGUUGUGCUGCUAUUCAAGCUACCUGUAGAAAACAACAAACAACCCAAUAGUACAACUUUGAAUGAGAGGGGGGAAGGGGUGUGGAUUGUUUUGUUUACGGACAUUGUCUCAACAAUGUUGUCGCCUAUUGUCAUGUGGUAUAAUGACAUGAAAAAGACUUUUUCCAAGAUAGCGGAUGUUGGAAAACAAAUUUACAUACGUCCAGUAGUGCAGCAGCUUCGAGACAAGGGCAAAUUCGUGAUAAUUAAGAUCUUUUUACUUUCAGGCUGUCUGUCGAAAUAACAUGAACACAGUAAAGUUCCUGUUGGAUUGUGGUGUUGAUUUGAAUGUGCGCGAUCUUUACGGUCUCACUGCGCUGCAAAACGCGGAGAUUUUUGAAAACACAGAAAUGGUGAACUUGCUAAAGUCAGCCAUGGAAAAGAAAAAGGAUGCGACUGCCACGUAAAAGACAAAGAUCUCUAAUUGAUCGUUGUUUACCCUGUCUGUCUCUUCCAUUACAAGGCGCCGUUUGUCUUGAAGUUUAUAUAAAAUGGAAAUGUACUGAUUCAUUCCCUCACAGCGCCUUUGGAGUUCUUAGGAUCUUGGUACAGAAGUGUUUGUGCGUUUCAGAUCGAAUUGGAAUUUAGAUAGUGCUGAAGAGGAGAAGGAAACUGGCGUAUUCGGAGAAAAACCUCUUGGAGCAAGCAAGAAAACAAUCAGCAGACAUGUCAACACAAAUUUAAACUUUUUUCCUACUUGUUUUAUCUUUCUGAUCCAUCCGCCAUGCUCAACACUUGCAAUCGUCACGCAUAUUGUCAUUUUUUGUGGGUAAAAGUUAAAGUAAAGGGUGUUUAAGCGGCUUGAAGGAACCCUUGAAUCCGGGGGUUGGCUGCAGUAAAUCAGACGUUUCAUCAGAUGAGAAAUCUGAACUUCUUGAUUCCUCCUUUUAUUCACAACAUUGCCAGAACAAUUGAAAAACAACAAACAUGCAAUUAUAAUCUACAAUGGGACUCUUACAAUACUAGAACUACCGAUGGUGUAACUUAAACAUGUGGCCAACACCACCCUUACUUAAUUAGUACUAGACCCACAACAUCGUAACCUAGAACUAGGUUGCAGCUACAAAAAGGGACCCACCCCAUCCUAACCUAGUACUAGGGUGUAACGACAACAUGGACCCGACCCACCCCAUCCUAACCUAGUACUAGGGUGUAACUACAACAUGGGACCCACCACUCCAUCCUAACCUAGUACUAGGGUGUAACGACAACAUGGGACCGCCCCAUCGUAACCUAGUACUAGGGUGUAACUACGACAUGGGACUUACCCCAUCCUAACCUAGUACUAGGGUGUAACUACAACAUGGGACCCACCCCAUCCUAACCUAGUACUAGGGUGUAACUACAACAUGGGAACCACAGCACCAUCUUAACCUAGUACUAGGGUGUAACUUCAACAUGGGACCCAUCCAAUCUUAACCUAAUACUAGGGUGUAACUACAUGGGACCCACCCCUUCCUAACCUAGUACUAGAGAGUAACGUCAACAUAACAUGGGACCCACCCCAUCCUAACCUAGUACUAGGGUGUAACUUCAACAUGGGACCCACCCCAGCCUUACUUGCUGAGAGAAACGGAUGGAAGCAUUGAUAAACUCACGUGUGAGAUUAUGAAAAAUACCCCUCUCGGGUCCCGGAGGUAGUUUUUUAUGAAUUUUACGAGUAGUAUAUUUUACAGUAAACACUGGUGUCUGUAUAAUAAACAAAUCUAUUUGAUCGGAUUACCUCGCCAUAGCCUCUUCCUCAUCUUCCCGUUGGUAAGUCCUUAACUAGGUGGGACUUGGCUCUUCAUUCUCCGAAUUCAGAGAAGUUCCCCUUACAACAUCAGCGUAGCUUUUACCUCGGUCCAUAAUGAGAUAGUUUUAAAGCCGAUCGAAAGGCAAAACCUGAUUAAAAUCUAAGCACGUAUCUUGUACACUGAU